AAAUCUCAACGCAAAAUGGAGUUUCCUCCUUGCCCGGCAUCAUUGAAGCAGAUUCAACAUUUUCUAAAAAUUGCCCAGGAACAUGAUUCCCGAGACAUUGUUGUGGCCUAUUGGUCUAGAUUAUAUGCCCUGCAGGUGGCUUUGAAGCUUACAACUCAACAGCCAGAGGAAACCAAACUGUUAUUGGCUAUUAUGGACUGGUUGGAAAGCGUUAAAAAGGAACAAUCGGAGAAUGAAGCUAUAACAAAUGAAGUUGCUGCUCAGGCUCAUAUGGAGAACUAUGCCCUGAAACUGUUCCUUUAUGCCGACAAACACGACAGGGAAGGCAAUUUUGGAAAAAACGUUGUUAAAGCCUUCUAUUCAGCCGGUGUUAUAUAUGAUGUAUUGCAAACCUAUGGCGAGCUUACCGAAGAAGCCAUACAUAAUCGUAAAUAUGCCAAAUGGAAGGCAGCGUACAUACACAAUUGUUUAAAGAAUGGCGAAGUUCCCAUAUCGGGUCCUAUGAAAGACGAAGAAGAAGGUGAUGAUAACGAUGAAAGUAAUAUCGAUAAUAAUACUAUGGGUUCAAAUCAAAUUACCCCAGAGGAUGGUCCUACGAAUGAGUUUAAUGAAGCCGCAGGUGGUGAUGAUAAUUCAAAUGAUGUUGCAACGGAGGAAAAUGAAAAUCCCCCUCCAUCACAGGCACCACCAACUGUUGAAGAAGUUCUAAAUAACCCCAGUAAAUUACCAUCUCCCCCGGUGGAAGAAGAGAAACCUGGCGGUUUUGAGCCGUUUGUACCACCCGCAACACCACAUCCGGUAUACACACCAAUAACUCCCGUUGCUAAUAUACAAAUUACACCCGAACAAAUGAUAACAGCCCAAAAGUAUUGCAAAUAUGCUGGCAGUGCCCUUAACUAUGAUGAUGUUAAGACGGCAAUAGUUAAUUUGCAAAAAGCCUUAAAGCUCCUUACCACCGGUCAGGAUGAUUAG